AUAGCCUACUAUAUAUAUAUAUAUAGGACUGAUGGAGGAUCCAGCACCUGAACCCAAACUGGUUCUGGUCUUCAGCGGGAAACGGAAGUCCGGGAAGGAUUACGUGACGGACCUGAUUCACAGCCGUUUGGGACCAGAUGUUUGCUGCGUCCUGCGUCUGUCUGGACCUCUCAAACAGCAGUACGCUCAGGAGCAGGGUCUGGACCUGGACCAGCUGCUGGGACCUGGUCUCUAUAAGGAGCAGUUUCGGGCUGAUAUGAUUCUUUGGGGAGAAACUCGCCGACGCCACGACCCCGGAUUCUUCUGUCGCCUAGCAACCAGAGGAGCACGGCAACCUGUCUGGGUGGUGAGUGAUGCUCGCCGGCUGUCUGACCUGCGAUGGUUUUUCUCCGAGUUUCCUCGACAGACUCAAAGUGUUCGAGUUCAAAGUUCAGAAACCACUCGGACACAGAGGGGGUGGAGCUUCACCGCAGGUGUGGAUGAUGCAGAGUCUGAGUGCGGUCUGGACAGCGGGGUGGAGUUUGAUUGGAUCAUCACCAACGAGGCCGACGCCCCUUCGCUAGAAGAGCAGCUGCAGCCAAUCCUGAAGCUCGCAGAGGAAGCAGCAUCAUCAUCAUCAUCAUCAUCAUCAUAACUCACGGUUACAGGGGAAUCAUCAUCAUCAUCAUCACCACCACCAUCAUCAUCAUCAUCAUCACCAUCAUAACGUUUACAUGUUUAUAAUGUUCUGAAUAAAGCCAGCGAGUCGGUUUGGAUCUAUAAACCAGUGACGGUGCUUUAUUUUAUAAAAUCCUUUGUGUCAUGAUUUAUUACAAUGAGCUGUGACAUCAGCACAGUGAUGACAUCAGCACAGUGAUGACAUCAUCACCGGCUUCCAGGUAAAAACAUCUCUAAACUUUAUUUGUUCACGUCAUCAGGACAAAGGUCCGCAGCUUCCGAUUGGCCCCUGGACUACCACACGGCAGUGGAAUGCCUCGCUGUGAUUGGCUACCUCAAAACACGCCCCCAAAAAUAAUAAAUCAUUCAUUAAUGUGGCGAUGAAAACAAAGAAACGACAAACCGUCAAGACAAACACAGAGUUAGUCAUUUAUAAUAAUUAGUUCUUAACUUCAAC